AUGGCGGGCUCCGACCAUAUCGUCACUGACACUGCCCCUGAACUCCGGACCGAGAAGGGUGGCGUUGGGAAGCAGGAUGUCUCUCAGAUCGAGCGGGUUACGUCUGGUGGCAGUGAGCUCCAAAAGGACUUCGUCGACUAUGAUCGGAUCGACAAAGACGUUGCCAAGUAUGCAAGUGCCACUCAAGUCGUGAUUUCGGUGGACGACAAUAAGCGACUGAAACGGAUGAUUGACCGGCGUGUCCUUGCGAUCCUGAUACCUACGUAUUUUCUCCAGGCUCUCGACAAGGGGACCAUGUCAUUCGCAAGCAUCAUGGGCAUUAGAGAAGAUCUCAAUCUGCAUGCGCAACAAUAUUCAUGGCUCACAACCUGCAUCUAUAUCGCCGUCUUGAUCGUCGAGUUCCCAACAAACUGGACCUUGCAGCGCGUACCAAUCGCCAAGUAUCUCUCCCUGAACAUUUGUCUCUGGGGAAUGAUACUUGCUCUUCACUCUCUUGCCAAGAACUUUGCCGCACUCGUGGCAUUGAGGACACUGCUCGGCAUGUUCGAGGCAGUCUGUCAGCCGAGCUUUCUCCUUCUUAGCUCCAUGUGGUAUAAAAGAGAAGAACAGGCUGAGAUCGUCACAUUUUGGUACGUCGGUAACGGCACCCAACAGAUCGUUGGUGGUCUUCUUGCGUACUGUUUCACCAAAAUCGAGUCUGGACCAUUGAAGUCGUGGCAGGCGAUUUUCAUAGCCUACGGCUGCUUCUCCGUUUUGUGGGGCGUCUUUGUCGGCUGGUGGAUGCCAGAUUCGCCAAUGAAGGCGAAGUGCUUUUCAGAGGAGGACAAGAAAUUGAUGGUCGAGCGGGUUAGAAGCAACCAGACCGGGUUGCAGAACAAGAAGUUCAGGCCGGAGCAAGUCAAGGAUGCAUUCCUCGAUCCGCAAACAUAUUGUUACUGCUUGAUCCAGAUCUGUACGACUCUGCCCACGUCAGGCCUGGGUGCCUUUGCCAAUAUCAUCAUAACAGGAUUCAAUUUCACAGUCCUCCAAACACAGCUACUCGCCAUGGUCCUGGGUGCCGUCAUCAUCAUCAUUCUGCUCAGCUCGACCUGGCUUGUCAAGAAGUAUCAUCAGAAUUGUUUGACCAUGGGAGCAUUCGUCAUUCCAUCGUUCGUGGGUACAAUCGUGUUGAUGACUGUGAAGAACAAGGACACCGCGACAAAGGCGGGACUCCUUAUCAGCUACUACAUCGUUCUCUCGUUCUGGGCAGCGCAGACGCUGGCGAUGAGCAUGUUGUCCCGCAAUGUUGGCGGACAGACGAAGAAAUCAGUCGUGGUCACGAUGAAUUUCGUGUCUUGGUGUGCUGGAAAUGCCAUAGGGCCUCAGGUUUUUCUAUCGUGGAACGCACCCAGAUAUUUUGUAGCGUUCUCAACCCACAUGGGCUGUUACGUCCUCCUCGUCAUCGUCAUCAUUUUCCUCCGCUUCCACCUCACACGAGAAAACCGUAGGAAGGAUGAACUGGCAUCUGCUGGUAUCCGGGAAGCGAGAGACGAGAGCUAUGUACAUGCGUUUGAUGAUUUGACGGACCGCGAGAACCCCAACUUCAGGUAUAUUUAUUGA